AUGGCAGACGGGGUGCUGAGCGCUGGCGUGAACCUGGAGGCCUCCCAGGCUAUUGCCGCCAUCCAGGCACCAUGCUCCAGCAUGAAAAGGGUCUUUGACUGCCUGAAGGAUGGCAUGCGGAACAAGGAGACGCUGGAGGGAUGCGAGAAGGGCUUUGUGGCCGCCUUCCAGGAGAGCCUGCACUCCGUCAGCUGUGAGCUGGAGUGUCUGAGCAGUCCAGUUGGUGAACUGUCCACGAACCGUCCCUUGCACAACAGUGGACUGUUGAGCCUAGAUCCUGUUUAGGACAAAAGACCUCUUUACAGCGAACUUCUUCAAGCCUACAAACGGUCAAAUAAGUUGCAGUACCAUGCAGGGCUAGCAGCUGGCCUUUUGAGUCAGCAGUCUUUGAGACGGUCAGCCAACCAGAUGGGAGUAUCUGCAAAACGCAGACCAAAAGCCCAGGCAACAACUCUCAUCUCACCUCCUCAAUAUGUCGAUGAUGUGAUCAGUCGCAUUGAUAGGAUAUUCCCUGAAAGGACUAUCCAGCUAUCCCGGCCAAACGGGACCAAUGCUUCUAAUGGCAAGCUUGACAUAUGGUCCAAAUCCAACUAUCAGGUUUUUCAGAAGGUGAUGGAUCAUGCGACCACUGCUCUAUUGCCCUGCCAGCUGCCUUGGAUGCCCAAUGUCGUAGUCAGGUCUUUCAUGACCUGGUUAAGAAGUUACAUAAAGCUGUUCCAGGCUCCAUGCCAGCGCUGCAGGAAGUUCCUGCAGGAUGGCCUGCCGCCUGUGUGGAAGGAUUUCCAAACACUUGAAGCUUUUCAUGACACUUGCAGGCAAUAG